AAUCUAUGCAGAGACCCUUCGGCCGAAGUAGGUGGUGAAUUGAUAUUGGGUGGUAUCGAUAACAGUCAUUUCGAAGGUAACCUCACAUAUGUUCCUGUUAUUCGCGAAGGAUACUGGCAAUUUGCUUUGGAUAGUGUCAAAAUAGCGGGUAAUACCUUGUCCCCGAAUAGCCAAGCUAUCGCUGACACGGGUACCUCACUAAUAGCUGGACCAUCAGACGAUAUCGACGUUAUUAACCAACAAAUUGGAACUGAUAGUAAUGGAAACGUGGAUUGUAGUACGAUUAAUCAGUUGCCUACAAUCAGUUUUGUUCUAAAUGGUAACCCCUUUAAUCUUACCCCUCACGAUUAUAUUCUUCAAGAGCAAGCAACAUGUAUGAGCGGCUUCCAGAAACUUUCUGGCUUAGACUUUUGGAUUCUGGGCGAUGUAUUUAUUGGUCCUUAUUAUACCGUGUUUGAUCAAGGAAAUAACCGAGUGGGAUUUGCUCCGUCGAAAUAAAUGUCGAUUGCCUUAUUUUGAAGUUAUACCGUUAGACAUUAGAUAUAAUGAAUGACAAUCUGUCAAAUAAUAAAAAAAAAAUAUUUUUCAUAGCGUUUGAUGCAUAUUGUUUCGUAAUGUUUAAUUAUAACUAUCCAUGUGGUGCACUGUUGUAAAUGGAUAUUUUUGUUAUAUAUUCAAAAAUUACAAUAAAGAUAUAUGCGGAAUCUUCAAUAUAAUUUGAUGUAUCUAUUAUAUAUUGUAUAAAUACAAAUAGAUCUGUUAAAAAUA